UUCGAUCAUCGGUCGCUCGCACGGGUGGACGAUCGAUUGUUUUUUUAUUGACACGCGAUAUCGCGCGGUGAGUGGAAAAAAAAACGAUUCGAAAAAUUUUCCGCAAGAUAUCGAAGAAAGGAAAAGGAUCCCGAUAUGCGAUUGAUAGCAUCGAUAAGCACGAUCGUUCUGUUGAUCGGAUCUUGCGCGGCCAAUCAAGAUUUUUUAACGAACUCCUUAAAUGAGUGCAUAAAGGCGGAAUCAUGGAUAUCCUGUUUGAAGCAUCAAGUUUUGAGUUACCUCGAUGGGAAGUUGGGAACUACCACAGAAGCGAGGUCGCUCGAAACCGUCGACGAGGCGAUUGUUGCCAGAACUAUCAAGUAUAUGAAGAGUUUCGAUUAUGGGGUUGAUUUGCCGUUUGUCGAUGCUAGUUUAAAAUAUAAGCCUAGCAGAAGUUUGAUCGAUCUUGACGUCGAGUUUAAGAAUAAUGACGUAGCCACCAGUCAAGCUCGAGGACUUUUGAAGAAAAAGCUUUUACUACCGUUCUUGCUGUUGCUGAAAUUGAAGUUAAAAGCUCUAAUGCCCAUCUUUGUCGCCAUUAUUGGAUUAAAGGCAUUAAAAGCUCUUGUCCUGUCGAAGCUCGCUAUUCUCAUCGUGAUCGGAUUUGUCGCUUUGCAGUUCUUCAAGAAAAGUGGCAUGAUGAUGCCGGCAGGAAUGUCUAUGGAACCGGCAUCAAUAUAUGGUGCUUCACCUAUGUCCUCGACGACAUCGAGCUACGACCCCGCCAAUACGUGGGACGGCAACGGUCCGUAUUCCCGCGUUUGGACGCCAACAAAUAGUGUGGAAGCCCAAAAUCUUGCUUACAGUUAUUAUUCACCUGGCAGCAGCUCGAGCUCGUACAGUUCGGCAGGCGCCCCUUCAUCGUCCUCGUCCUCAAGCAGUUCAACGAAUUAUAACUAAAGUCGCUCUAAUACCUGAUUUCGAUGACGCAUCGACCGCCCGAUGUUGCCCUCGAAUGGAUUCUCUAUCACAUGCCGGCAAAUAAGACACGACCAAAGAAACGCCAAAUAAUUGUAAAGUAGAUUGCGAUCGAUACUGACAAGUCAUAUUUUGUUAUUGAGAGUUCUGUAUUUAAAGACUAUAGACUCCGCGUCGACUAUAAUUGUUUCAUCGAUUUAAUAAAAUCUUCAACACAAUUGGAUUAAUUUAUCGAGAAAUAAUUGCACCAAGUAAAUUUUCUAUAAAAAAAUUUAAGAAUAAAAAGUAUUUACCCCCUGACCAAUAUUUAUAACACGCGAAAUUUGGCGAAAAAAAUUCAUUAAAAUGGUUUAAAGAAUUAUCACACAAUCGCUGUUUCUCUUUGAGCGUAUCACGUAUGCGCUGAGAGAUAAUUAGUAAUUAUCAUUGUAUGCAUAGGAAUGUACAGGAAAGAUAUUCGCGAUGAUUAUGAUAAUUAUGAUAAUUAUGAUAAUCGUCAAUAUUAUCGCCGGAUAUAUUUGCGGAUAUAACGUGAAAUUAUCAUUUCUUCAGUAAACUUUUUUUAUUUUCUGU